AUAUCUUCAACAAUUAACUGAUAAUAAGCAAAAUCACACAAAUAAUUACAAUGAUAGCUUUAUAAAAGAACAUAUGUUUUACAGAGAAGUAUGGGAGCUAGUACAUAAAGCAACAAAUAAAUGUCUACUAUAUCAAGAUGAUGAGUUUGUUAAUAUAGUUAAGACUUAUUUGUCUAAUGUAUAUAAAUGUGAAAAGAAGUUUACCCAAAUUCAAAUGUCUGAUUCAGAGAGUGACGAGUUAAAUGACAAGUCAAGUAAAGAGAAUGCACCAGCCUUUAAACUUAGAAAUCUACUAAAGAUUGCUACUAGAGGUAGACUGAAGGCAUCUACAUAUUAUAAUAAUAACCAAAGUCAAAAACCAAAGGAUACAAGAACUUUGUCUAAUAAGCAAUAUCAGCAAAAAUCUAAGGAUACAAAAGGCUCAUCUAACAAAUGA